UCCUCCAUUCACUCACCUCACGGUCAUUCAGCCGAACCGAGCCUGAGCAGGAGGAGGAGGAGGAACAAAAAAUGCUCCUCGGAGGACAUCGAUUCCUUGCAUUUUCUCCAGCAGUGGUGGGAUUUAUUAAGGGAAAUAUGACUUCUGAGCCUUUUCAGGACACGUUUUGCAUUCAAAAGGAGCGCCGAAAUUGCGUUUAAGACGUGCUCUUUGGAGUAUCUUUGAAGAUCAUCUGUGCAAGAAAAAUAAAACAGAUGGACUAAGAGGAAUUUCUGGUCUUACUGCCCGCCUUGAAAAUGGACCCCAUAAAACGCAGAGGUCAGAGAUGUUUGCUUUGAGGUACUUUAACUCCUCGCCCCCUUCGCUCCUUCCUCGGUGGGGUAAUGGCAGUGCAGCUAUGGUGGAAGCCUUGGUGACUGCUAUGGGGCAGCAGCAGCAGCAGCAGGAAGAUGUCACAGCUGUGCAGAACCAAACCAGUGGUGCCAUCAUCGUGGUCUUGCCCAUGUCACUGGGCAUCAUCUCCAACACUGUGGCUCUUUUCAUCCUGGUCAAUGCCUACUCUCUGCAGCGCCGGCGCUCUAAAGCUACAUUCCUCCUGUUUGCCACUUCUCUGGUGAUUACGGACUUCUUUGGCCACGUGAUUCCAGGCGCCCUGGUUCUGAGGCUCUACCUCACCGGCAGAGCGAGCCCCGGGCACUCGUCUGACGGCAUGUGCAAGUUCCUGGGUGGCAGCAUGGUCUUCUUUGGCCUCUGCCCCCUCUUUAUGGGCUGUGCAAUGGCCGCGGAGCGAUGCUUGGGCGUCACCAAGCCGCUGCUGCACUCAUCCCUGGUCACUAAAACCCGCACAAAGGUCUGCCUGUCCGCCAUCUGGCUGGCAGCUCUGUGUGUGGCCUUGCUGCCCUGCUUCCAGCUGGGCUCCUACACCUAUCAGGAACCCAAGACCUGGUGCUUCAUCAACGUGCUCAACGACACCACGGGCGUGGAUGUGGCAUUUGUUGCACUUUUCUCUGGACUCGGCCUGACCUCGUUGGCUGUGGCGCUGGUGUGCAACACGAUCAGCGGACUGACGCUGGUGCUGGCGCGCAUCAGGAGGCAGCCCGGUUCCCAUCACUCGGCCCGCUCCCAUGACAUAGAGAUGGUGGUGCAGCUGGUUGGGAUCAUGGUCACCUCAUGCAUCUGCUGGAGCCCUCUGUUGAUCUUUGCUCUGAUGUCGGUGAUCCAUUCCUCCAGCAGAACUGGGGGUGAAAACCUGGCCUACUACCAAACUCUGAUGCACAUAGGAGUGAGGCUGGCCACGUGGAACCAGAUCCUCGACCCCUGGGUCUACAUCCUGCUGCGGCGCACCGUGCUCCGCAAAAUCUACCUCAUAGUGAAGUGCCAGGCUGGCCUGAAGGACACCAUGCUGGGCCGCUGGGAGAAGAGCUCGUUCCCCAGCUUGGACCAGAAGGAAGUCAACCAAGUCUGAGCCGAGGACAACGGACUUUGUGGAUGCUUUUCAACUUUUAUUUUUAUCUCGUUGCCAGGUCACUGAACACAUAAUCCCUUAGGUAUGCAGACUAUACAAC